UGCAGUUUGAAGUUCCCUUCCAAUGGAACAUUUUCACUUCCUGGGGUUUAGAAUCACCCUUAUUAUGUCUGAAUACCCUGUGCAGUACACUUUGCAGGGAACUACGAGGGCGAUUGGAAUUCACCUACUGAAUUAGCUGUCUACAACUCCCGCAUUUCCACGCGCGAUUUCAGUUGUCCGCGGUUACUCGAGCUCGCGCGUCACCAUGGAAGCAGUCGGUUUGUGACAUGAUGCGCCAUUUUGAUUCCAAACACCAAUUGGAGUAGGCAGCAACGGCGACAGAACUAACCGUGGACCAAGAAGAAAGUCUAGAGAAGUUUGUAGUUUUCCACACGUUAAAGGACAAGUUGAACUGUAAUUUUAAAGAAAAAACGCUGUUUGGGCUCGUUUUUAUCGGAGGCCAUGCUCAUUAUAAGGAUGCCAGUUAAUAACAUCUAAUACAUGUGAUGCAUGAAUCGUAACAGAGCUAGCUUACUGCUUUUUGAGAUCAGGUUACAUGGUCGUUUUUUCCAUCAUUAAGACACGUCGAAUCGAUGGUAGACAGCAGCAAGCUGCUAAGGUCCAAUAUUGUUUGCCCGAUACAAGCAACUUUUUCCCCCCUUUUUUAUGAUUGAAACGGUUGCUGCACAGCCAGUGAACACUGUUUAUAGCUAACUACAUAAGGAUGGCUCUUAAGAGGUUUGUUUGCUAUUUAUUUGCUACAUCUAUACUUAGUAUUUCCACUUCUGUGCUGGCUAGACACGUAUGUAACACUUAACUAGUUGGACGGGUAACUUUGGCUAGCAAGUUGAAUCUUGGAUUAAAUUUGUGAUAACAUAGUGUGGAAUACUGCAGUUCCUUAGUUACAAACUGAUUUUACGCAUGAUUUGCGUUAAGGUACGUAUUUGAGGUACGCUCUUUUUGGUUCAUGUAAAUUUCUCUGUCCCUAUCCAGUGUCACAGCUGCACUGUCUGUUUCUUCUGAGUAAAUUACUAUAUUUGGCCUUUGCAGCAGAUUGUGUUACAAAUUACUGUCUUGUGUAUUGAUUCCUAGGAUUACCUUGUAGUUCAUCUGUAUAAUCUCGCAUUUGUAAUUACAUUUUUCUGAUCUAUUAUUAUUAUUAUUGUUAUUAUUAUUAUUAUUAUUAUUAUUAUCAUAGUGCCUUUAUUAAGCUAUAAUGUAACAUUUUUAUAUGCUCUCAUGUUAUGCAUGCCUUACGUGAUCAGGGACAGUUCAUAGUGAAGCUUUCAGCUCUUAACACCGUUAAUCAUUUGAAAUCUCGACAAAUGUGCAGAUUCUUAGCGAUGACCUGCUGCCUCUUAGAAACCUUGGCUUUAGCCAUAUUCUGAGGAGUACCAUCAACAAUGAUUUAUGGACUAAUACCUCCAGAACUACAUGCACAACUCCUUGAUUAUGAGAACUUCCAUAAUCGAAUAAAUGGGGUAGAAGAGCUGAAAACCAUUCUUUCCGAUCUGGACUUGAAAACUGUUUCCUCUGACAGUAUUGUGGAAUUCAUCCACUUUUUACAUAGACUCCUAGAUGACACUAACUUUAAAGUCCUGUAUGGCACUCUACAGGUUAUCAACCUCCUUGUUCAAAAACUGAAUUACAGUGUGGACAGAUAUUAUAAGCAGAUUGUGUUUGUGGCUCUCAAAACGUUGGGAGACACACGCAUUGUUUCCCGGAAUGAAUACAUGAAUGUUUUUAGGCAACUCAUGAGGAUUGUUGGUCCACAAAAGGUUUUGGAUCUUGUAAUAGGACACCUGAAGCACAAAAAUUCCCGUGUUAGAGAGGAUGUCCUCAACAUCAUUACAGCUGCAAUACUCACACACCCUAGGAAAGACUUCAGCAUCCCCGAUCUGUGUUUUGUAGUUGCUCCUUAUCUUGCAGACAACAAAAAGAGGGUCCGCCAUGCAGCUCUAGAGCUUUUUGCUGUUUUUGACUACUGCCUUGACACAGGAAAAAAGCAGCCACUCAUGAAGGCCAUUGACAGGGUCGAGCUCACUGGAGAUAUGGAGGGGCUAAUGGCUGCUGUACAGGCACGAAGGGCCAGGCACAUUCUUCCUCGCCUGUCCGCAGAUGGCAUGGUAGAAUACGCACUGGUUAUCCCUAAGCCUGGUCAGCGACGCAGACCCCAGUUGGGCUCUGGGGCUGAUCUGGACUGGGUCCUUAAUGGAGGGAGAGUUAAUAGUGCUAGCAGCCUCCGAGCAGAACUGGACCCGGAUGGGCUGAGUGGCUACGGCAGCCUCGGAUCCCUGACAGAUGACCUACCGUUACACAGGAGAACAGUCAGCGCUGGAAAGGGGAAAAACAAGCUGCCCUGGGAGAGGUCAAGCCUCCAAUGCACAGUAAACCUGCAGCCUAGCAGUGCAUCAAAUGAAAAGUCACCUGAUAAGGCAAGCAUUGACAAUCUGGCUACCUCUAUGAGACUGAAUCAGGAAUCCUAUGUCACCAGCUUUGGUUCAGCAGAGCCUCUCCAGCCACACACUCCAAGCUUGGGGACAGAAACAAUGGGCAAGUUUCAGCGAAGUGGUAGCCUAGACUUGGACCGAGCUAGCACCACUGAUGCUGAAAGAGGUUUGCCUGGCUGCUUGCUGUCUGGUAACUCCAUUGUAGAGCGCACCUUUUCUCUUCUUUCCAAUCCAACUCUCCCUGGGUCCUUCCUGCUGCCUUCCUACCCUCUGGCAACUCUGCCAGGUGCCCAGUUGACUCCCACCCUCCCUCGAAGAUGCCAUGCUGACUCAUCACUCACCAUGUCCAACACAUGGCCUAGCAAGCAAGAGAUUAACCCCCAUCACAGGGACCCAAGCCCAUGGAGGGACAAUACUGGUGAGCCUAGCUCCAGCAGGUGUUCACCACUGCCUGUGCGCACUUCUCGGGCAGAUGGCACCUCAGCUUCAUCUUUUCCUCAGGCCCUGAGUGCUGCCAGGUUGUCUCCACCCAUCUUCCCAGUCACACAGCAGUCUAUGCAGGAUGGCGCCCAGCAAGAUCAGCCUAGUAAGAAUCUUAAUCUUGACCUGUCCUUCAUGAACCUGCAGGACCCAGAUGAGGAGCCAGUGGACAGGGAGGAGAUGAUGAACUCCUUGCGCUCUUUGCGCAACAGUGCAGCUAAGAAGCGGGCCAAGGUGAACCUGAGUGGCUCUGAACCAGACCCAGACAGUCCAGACACAGCAGUGAAGCUUGAUCCAAAUCUAGAUUCACUCUCCCACACCUCACUAUCUGUGCCCAGACCCUUGAGCGAGAGCAGCCGUUUCAGCCUCUGCUCCCCUCCUACUCCCAUUACCAAUGGCACUAAGAGCAGCCCUUGGAACGGACAGAUUGCUAGAGUGCCAUCAGGGAGACAGGAGACUCUCACCUCAAUGGAGGCAAGUUCUAAAGAUGUCCAACAGCAAGAAAAGGCUCUCUCUAAUGUAAAUGUAGUUGGUCAGAGUGUAAUUUACUCUAAUGGGCCAACAGAUGAAGAGAGGUCCAGAGAAACAGUGUUGUCUCCUCAUGUUAGACCUGCAGGUCGGGAUCCUGUCCGUGCUCUAAGACCUACGAAAGGAUCUCAGAUACACAGCAUCAGGUCUUCCCCUGCUGGUGACAUGUCUGAAGGAGUAGCUGGCCGAGGUGUAUUUGGUUCCCUUGUCCUUGCCUCCCACCCCAGUGUGGCAACAGGUCAUGGGCAGGAGGACUCUCUAAGCAAAGUCCCUUGGGAUCCACCGGUUGGAGUAUACGGCAGUGCUGUUUCUGCCAGCCAUGCUGAUUCAGACAUAAACCUUGAGCCAGAGGAGAUAGUGGAAAGAGUAAAGAUGUCCAGGUUUACAAGAGAAAAGAUGCAUCAGCGUUGUUUAGAGCAACAAGAAGCCCACCCCACGCAGAGUGAGCGACAGCGCAUGGAACGAAUGAGGCAGCAUCUUAGACACACAGUGUCUGAAGUGGGCUCUGAUGAAUCAGCACCUCUGAAAGAUUUUCAGCUGAACGGUACUGUUGUAGCCUCAACUAAGACAGAAACACCUGCAGAUGAUUUGGCUUCAAGCCCUACUGGUCUGCAGAAAUCGCAAAGUCCAGUUAAAUGUUUCAGUCCACACCAUCAGCCCAGUCCCCCUACAGCCCUCCCCACUAGACGCAUGCAGCCACGUCGGAGAAGAGCUACCAGUCUAAAUAGAACACAUCCAUCUGUCUCUAAUAGCUCUGAUGAAUUCACACCAGGUACCCCCAAGAAAGAUCCUCCUGAGCAGAAUGAGCUGCGUCCUUUCUCUAAACCAGACUUUGCCCUUACUCAGAGCUUCAGACUGCUUAACUCAGAAGACUGGGAGAAGAAAAUUGAGGGCCUGGGUUUUCUACGUGGUUUAGCACAGUAUCAUUCUGAUGUGCUUAUUAGCAGGCUCCAUGAUGUCUGCUUGAUUCUCAUUCAAGAGGUGCGAAACCUGCGCUCUGGAGUGUCACGCAUGGCAGUAGUGACUUUGGGAGAGUUGUACUCUUGUCUGCAGAAGGGAAUGGACCAGGAGUUGGAAGCUACAACCAAGGCACUCUUACACAAAGCAGGAGAAUCCAAUGCCUUUAUCAGGCAGGAUGUGGAUGCAGCACUGGACAGCAUGGUGCAGAACUGCACACCUACCCGUGGCAUGAGUGCCCUUCUCACUGGAGGACUUGGUCACUUGAAUCCAGUAGUAAGAAAGUGCACUUCUCAGCACUUGGCUACUCUGGUAGAAAAGAUUGGUGCUGGGCGCUUACUGUCUGGGACCAAAGAUCUCACAGACCGAAUCUUGCCUGCUAUAGCCAAACUGGCACAGGACUCUUCCCAAGAGACCAGAUACUUUGGUCGGCAGAUGCUGCUGUUAUUGUUGUCUCAUCAUGACUUUGAUAAAAUGGUGGCAAAGUACAUCCCUGACAAAGACCUGGCAGCCAUCAGGGACACUGUCCUCACACUGAAAACCAAGGGUCUGGGUGAGAUGCCUCAUGAUACUCCUUCAGCUCGAGGCAGACACUCCAUCCCUAGUGUUGGACUGGUGCGCGUCUCCUCUCACGCUCGUGAACCUCAACUUACCCUCAGUAAAGACGGUGGAAAAGCACAGACCCACAGCAUUGCAGACAAGACAGAGUACAUCAAGCAGCUUGCAGUCCUGCUGAGUUCAAAAGACUUCAGGGAACGCAUCAAGGGCAUUGAUCAGUUGGUCACUGACUGUGAGGAUAACCCCUAUAUGAUCCUGGGCAACAUGUUCCCGAUAUUUGAUGCCCUUAAAUCACGACUGCAGGAGUCAAAUAACAAGGUUAACCUGUAUGCCUUGGAGGCCUUACAGAAGAUAAUCCCAUUGCUCAGAGACAACUUGGCCCAAGUGGUUUACAUCCUUGUGCCAGCUAUAGUGGACAAUCACCUCAACUCCAAGAAUGAUGCAGUUUACAUGGCUGCAACAGGUGCCAUUCAAGCUCUCAUCAGUAACAUCGACAACACGAUUCUUCUUCAGAUCUUUUGCACAAAGGCUCAGUUUCUCAGUGGGAAGGCUAAAGUGGACCUUGUUGAUAAAGUUGCAGAACUGGUUAAGGAGCUGUACCCACGCAAACCACAGCUAGUAGAGCAGAAAGUGCUGCCUCUACUCUGGCACCUCUUGGGGACUUCAAGCAACAGUGGCACUGUCCGUGGGAGGGGCGGUAGUGUGAGAGGGGCCACUGCCAACCUGUGCCAAGCCCUUUACACGCACAUGGGCCAAGCAUUGAUAGAUUGUGCUGCUUCUCAACCUUUGAACAUUCACCAGAGCCUGAAUCACUUUUUGAAGAACCUUCCAACCCCAUGAGAUAUCCCACCCAAAUGUCCAGAUGACAACUACACUCAAUUAAUCAAACAUGAAUUCUACUUCAAGAAAUGUGUUCUUGAAUUUCUUACAGUGCCUGUACUUUUUUAACAAGAAAAGAAAAAAAGAAUCUGUUCCUGAAGAACCUCCCAGCCUUGAGAUCUAUGACUAAGAUGUCCAGACCAAAACAACACAGAUUACAAACAUUUAUAGUACUUUACGGUAGAUAUGUUUUUGCAUUUCUCAGAAAGUUUGCACUUUAGAAAAAACGAACAAGAAAAAGCUACAAAAAAAAAGAUUUUUAAAACUUUGAAGUAGCAGGACAUUAAGUCCUGAAAAGUCCUUCAGUAUAGGAGUACAGAUUUUAGUUUAUGGAAUCAGGAUUAAUAUUUUCAAGAGCGCUGCUCUUUUUGCACUUUGAAACAUUAACACUAUCCUCAUAAGUUGCAUGGUGACUAUAGCUAUACAUUUUUCUGAGAUUGUUACUGUUAUUUUUCUGUUUGUGGGUUUUUCAAAAUGCUGACAUAUCCUGAGACAACCAUGCAGAAUGUAAUUUUUGGAAUGCAAAAUGAAAAGGCUGUGUACCCUUAUUUUUUGAUGUUUGUGAUAAAACUUGAAUAUGAAGAGUCCUAAGUGGUUGUUCUAAACCUUUGUGCAAGUAAAAGUUAUUUACAAAAAACAUUUCUACUGUGUAGUUAAGAAGUGUAGAGGCACAGUAUUACCUUAAUGUACUUGCUGUAUAAUGUUGCAAUAUGCAAUGCAUCAUAUGCAUAGAUGAACACUUCCGUAGUAACUUAACUGAGUAAUUAUGGCCUUUGUUAUAAGUGGGACCCUAGUCCUAACAAUUUUGCAUGAACACAUUUAUUGGUGGAAUGAAAAGAAUGUAUUUGUACUAGUCAGACAAUUUGAUGUACGCCAACACCAGAAUGAAAUCUGGAUGUAAAACAACUGUAUUUCUGGUGAACAGGCAAAAUGAUGAAAGCUGGCUCAAAACUAGCAGGUAUAUUAAUAGGCAACACACACAUUUAUGCCCAGAUCUCUAAUUCUUAUUUAGUAUAGUGCCAGUCUCAAGUAGUUUAUUUUGAAAUCUGAAGUUAAAUUAAAUUAUAAACUAUACUCAAUGUGGUAUGUAGAUUGAUCAAUAUAAUAAAUGUUUUAUUUCUGUAAACAUUUAUGAAUUUAUAUUUACAACACACAUCGUUUUCUCAUUUCUUCACAGGUAAAGGGCAAAAGUGUGUGAAAAAUGACAGAAUACCCCAGUGUGACAAACAUAAACAAACUGCCCAAUCCUGCCACAAAAUAUAUCAAAAUAAAAUACAGAAUUUUUCCAAUUUUCCAAUUCCAAUUUUAUCCAAAAGGAAAAAAGGAAAAAUGUUUACUUCAUUGUAGAAUGAUUAUAAAUACCAUUAUUCACAGCCUUUUAGGACAAAAAAAGA